AUGAGGAAACAAAGUUCACAUUCACAGCGCUGCUCCUCUUCCUGGAAUGAACCACAGCUUGAUAACCCCUCCUUCUUCCUCCUGCUCUCAAACACAGCCGGCUCCACUCUGUCCACAUAUCUCCUUGUUCCCUCCCCUUCAGAUCUACAGUAGACUGGACUGCAAGCUGCUCCUGCUGAUCACUGCUAUGCUGGACCUGAAGAUGUGUCCUGUGAUGUCUGCACUGGGAGGAAACUGAAAGCCAUCAAGUCCUGUCUGCAAUGUCUGGCCUCUUAUUGUGAGAAACACCUCCAGCUUCAUUAUGAAUCCCCUGCCUUUGAGAAACACAAGCUGGUGGACCCCUCCAAGAAGCUCCAGGAAAACAUCUGCUCUUGUCACGAUGAGGUGAUGAAGAUUUUCUGCCGUACUGAUCAUCAGUGUAUCUGUUAUCUCUGCUUAAUGGAUGAACACAAAGGCCACGACACAGUCACAGCUGCAGCUGAAAGGACUGAGAGGCAGAGGGAGCUGGAGGUGAGUCGACUAAACAUCCAGCAGAGAAUCCAGGACAGAGAGAAAGACGUGAAGCUGCUUCAACAGGAGGUGGAGGCCGUCAAUCGCUCUGCCGACGAAGCGGUGAAGGACAGUGAGAAAAUCUUCACUGAGCUGAUCCGCCUCAUGGAGAAAAGAAGUUCCGAUGUGAAGCAGCAGGUCAGAUCCCAGCAGAAAAGUGAAGUGACUCGAGUCAAAGAGCUUCAGGAGAAGCUGGAGCAGGAGAUC